AUGUCCGCCGAGAGAGAGGUAGCCGAGGCGGCCACCGCGGUGGCGGCGGCCGAGGCAGGGGCUGGAGAAGAUGCUUCUUCGCAGCCCCCGAAGGCGGAGGCAGCCUGCGACGCUCAGCCGUCUGCGGCCUCCGAGGGGCCCGCCGCCCCUUCGCCGCCGCCGCCUCUGCUGCGCUGUCUGGUGCUCACCGGCUUCGGCGGCUACGACAAGGUGAAGCUGCAGACCCGGCCGGCCGCGCCCCCAGCCCCGGGGGCCGGCCAGCUGACGCUGCGCGUCAAGGCCUGCGGGCUCAACUUCGCUGACCUUAUGGCCCGGCAGGGGCUGUACGAUCGGCUCCCGCCGCUGCCCGUCACUCCAGGCAUGGAGGGCGCGGGCGUGGUGAUCGCUGUGGGCGAGGGCGUAAACGACUUCAAGGUAGGGGACCGAGUGAUGGUGUUGAUCCGGUCAGGCAUGUGGCAGGAGGAGGUGACUGUGCCUUCAGCCCAGACAUUCCUGAUGCCUGAGACCAUGACUUUUGAAGAAGCUGCUGCCUUGCUGGUCAAUUAUAUCACAGCCUACAUGGUCCUCUUCGACUUUGGCAACCUACGGCCUGGCCACAGCGUCUUGGUACACAUGGCUGCAGGGGGUGUGGGUAUGGCUGCCUUGCAGCUGUGCCGGACAGUGGAGAAUGUGACCGUGUUCGGAACGGCUUCAGCCAGCAAGCACGAGGUGCUGAAGGAGAACGGAGUCACACACCCCAUCGACUACCACACGACUGACUACGUGGAUGAGAUCAAGAAGAUUUCCCCCAAAGGUGUGGACAUUGUCAUGGACCCUCUGGGUGGGUCAGAUACUGCCAAGGGCUACAAUCUCCUCAAACCCAUGGGCAAAGUAGUCACUUACGGAAUGGCCAACUUGCUGACGGGCCCCAAGCGGAACCUGAUGGCCCUGGCGCGCACGUGGUGGAAUCAGUUCAGCGUGACGACUCUGCAGCUGCUGCCAGCCAACCGAGCCGUGUGUGGCUUCCACCUGGGCUACCUGGAGGGCGAGGUGGAGCUGGUCAGCAGUGUGGUGACCCGCCUCCUCGCUCUAUACAACCAGGGCCACAUCAAGCCCCGUAUUGACUCCGUGUGGCCCUUUGAGAAGGUGGCGGAUGCCAUGAGGCAGAUGCAGGAGAAGAAGAAUGUGGGCAAAGUCCUCCUGGUGCCUGGGCCGGAGAAGGAGAACUAG